GAUAUUGAAAAGUAAAAGAGAGUAAAUGGAAUAGAAUAGAGAAAUAGCGAUAGGGGCAGUGAGAAAUUGUGAAUCCCAGUUAGAAGAUUUGUGCUCUGAGCUGUAUAAAUUCAGACACAGAGGCCUCUGUUUUUUCAUUCCUUCAUUCAUUCAUCUGUUCUCUCAUCCUGCAAUGGAAAAGGCCAACGCUGUCGGAUCCGGAUCUGCCACCAACGGGGAGGUGUCUCCGCCGCCGCGGAAGGUGGCAUUGAUCACCGGAAUCACCGGUCAGGACGGGUCUUACCUCACAGAAUUCCUCCUUAACAAGGGCUAUGAGGUGCACGGCCUGAUCCGUCGCUCCUCCAACUUCAACACGCAGCGUAUCGAUCACAUAUACGUAGAUCCCCACAACGCCCACAAGGCGCACAUGAAGCUCCACUACGCGGAUCUCUCUGACGCCUCCUCGCUCCGCCGCUGGCUCGAUACCAUCCUUCCGGACGAAGUCUAUAACCUCGCUGCCCAGUCUCACGUUGCCGUUUCCUUCGAGAUCCCUGACUACACCGCGGAUGUCGUCGCCACCGGUGCCCUCCGCCUCCUUGAGGCCGUCCGCUCCCACAUCGCCGCCUCUGGCCGCUCCCACAUCCGCUACUACCAGGCCGGGUCCUCCGAGAUGUUCGGCUCCACCCCACCGCCGCAGUCCGAAACCACCCCCUUCCACCCACGCUCCCCCUACGCCGCCUCCAAAUGCGCUGCACACUGGUACACUGUGAACUACCGUGAGGCCUAUGGACUCUACGCCUGCAAUGGCAUUCUUUUCAACCACGAGUCCCCUCGCCGCGGCGAGAAUUUCGUGACGCGCAAGAUCACGCGGGCCGUGGGCCGGAUCAAGGUCGGUCUCCAAAACAAGCUCUUUUUGGGGAACCUUCAGGCCUCCAGGGAUUGGGGCUUCGCUGGGGACUAUGUUGAGGCCAUGUGGCUGAUGCUGCAGCAGGAGAAGCCCGAUGACUAUGUUGUAGCCACCGAAGAGUCUCACACGGUUGAGGAGUUCUUGGAAGUGGCUUUCGGCUAUGUGGGACUCAAUUGGAGGGAUCAUGUGGUGAUUGACAAGAGGUACUUCCGUCCUUCUGAGGUUGACAACCUCAAAGGGGACGCCUCUAAGGCGAAGAAGGUGCUUGGUUGGAAACCUAGAGUGGGGUUUGAGCAACUCGUUAAGAUGAUGGUUGACCAGGACAUUGAAAUGGCUAAGAAGGAGAAGGUUCUUGUUGAUGCUGGCUACAUUGAUGCUCAGCAACAACCUUGAAUCUUCGUCUUCCAAUUUCUCUUGUUUAGAUUUCUCGGAGAGGGGGUAAACUGUUCUAAUUUUAAAGUAUAAUGUUGUUCUUUUAAUCAUUCAUCAUACCGGAGACAGUUUAAUUUAUGAGCAAAUUAUGUUUUCCUGUUGCAAUUUGUAUUUCGUAGUUGUGCCUUUCUCAGAUUUUUAUUUUUCUUUUGUAAGCCAGCUGAAUCAUUCAAUUAAAGCUUUAUACAUCUAUAUCCAUUAUCUUGCACAAGCCA